CUCAAGUCAAGAAUUGCUUUGAUCAUCAUUCACAAUGCCUUCUCUCACCAACAUUUUCACUUCGCUGGCCUGCCUCAUGGCAGUUGUCAAUGGCAUGCCCACCAUCAACAUUGCUCGACAGACAGCAGGCUGUUCCACCUCGAAAACUGCCCGUCACGGGCCUGCAGCCAACUACAACGUCUUUCCCAAGUAUCCCGAUCUUGCCAAGAAUGCAUUGGGCUUCCAUCUUGAAACCUACAACAACGCCUCCCAAGUUGAGCAGGUUGUCGUCUUCAAGGGCAUCCCCUCCAACGCCAAGGACUGCACUGUUGGCUGGGAUCAGGGCGAGAGAAUCUCAAGAACCUUUAUCGUCAAAGGCGGCGAUGCCCUGGCCGGCGUGAGACAACUCUCCGGCUUUCCCGAGGGAGAUGUAACAUACAACUCUGUCAAGCCUUUUGACACUGCUGAGAAGGAUGUCGGAGGUGCAGACUUUACCAACUGGGAUGACCUUGCCCCUCAAGGCCACAUCACCGGUGGUAUUGACUGUGCCGAGACCUUGUACUUGAAGGUCGCCCUUCGAAACCCUGACGGCAACACCAAGGUUUUCCUCGGACAAGAUGACACCAACGGUCUGCAUAUCACCUACUCUUGUUAGACGAUGGGACUUGGGAAAGAUGUUUGUUUUCACUUCUUGGUAGGAUUUUAGGGAACACUUAUUUAUAAUGGGCGUCCUGGUUUGGACACUGGAAAUUCAUGUAGAUAGCUAUAGCUUUUGACGAACAAAAAAUGCCGAAAUGAUUAUGAUU